UCGAUUUCUCAGACACUCUCCCUUUCUCUCUCUAUCCCUAAAUACGCGCCAACACACACAGCACUAACAACCAUCUCUCCUUUCCCUCUUUCUCUCUCGCUCACUCCUGCAAAACCAUAUAUAAAAGGGCCUUGGUUUUUGUUACAAUGAAGAGGAGCAAGUCGUUUCGCUGUUUUCGACCGGUCGUCAUCGACGACGACGACGGUUCCGUGCUCAAUUCAAACCGUAAGGACGUCCCCGGCGAUCUGGUUUUUACGUGUUUGCCCACUACCGACGGUGACGAAGGACACAAUAACAAUACUACAAUGGUGAUUCCGAAACUUCCCGACGACAACGUAGACCUCUCUAUUCGCUGCCUGAAUGAAAAGUCUUCCUGCAGAAGUUUUUCUCGCGUCCUAAAGGCGGUCUUGUUCGAGACUUCUCUGGCGAAGAAGAUUCGCCAGAGAAGUGCAGGUCGGGAAAAUCCACGAAGUACCACCAACUCAUCAACGAAAACCAACAAAAUUGCAAUAUCACUCAAGGAAAGGAAUUUGCACAGAGAUCAAUCGUCAGAGGGUCAUGUCAACUGCAAAAUAGAUCCAAACAAUUCUUCUUCGGGACAUUCAUCAUCAUCGUCUAUUUCACUAUGUUGUUCAUGUUCGUCAUCAAUUCCUUCGAAUCCGAGGUCCUCCUCCGAAAGAAAAAGAUCGUUUGGUGCAAAUCCGAAUCCAAGCGAAUCAAAACAAGUGCAGCAUGUACAGGCUACUUACUGUACUUUGAAUAUUCCAAAGAAAAAGAUCGAGGGAUGUUACGGUUCCGAGACUGGAUUGUGUUUACUUCUUAUAUGUCUGUUGGUUUUGGUCUUCUGGGGCAAGGUUUGUGCCAUAUUCUGCACUUCGACGUUGCUAUACUUCGCCCCUGCCCGGAGUCAAAGGGUUGACUCGCCGGAAAGACGGGUUGACUUGCCGGACGUAGAUUCAAAGAAGUACAAGAAGAGAGUCGUCAUGGAAGGACUGCUGGAGAGAAAUAGAUUGUAGUUGGGUAUUAAGUUAUUACAGCAUGAUAGUCUUUGUAUAGGAUAUUUGGAGAAACGACUUUGAAGAGUUCAAAGUUGGUUAAAGUGAAACCACUUUGAUGCGUCAAUUUUAGCGUCCCCGGUAUUUUUUAGUUUUUUUUUUGCUCCUCACAUUUUGUAAAGGGUUGAGUAAAAUUCUCUUCCUUGUUUAAAAAGAUGUAGAAUAUUUUUUCUUAUGAAAUGAAAGCUAUUAAGGGUAAAUAUAUUUUUUAGUAUUA